UAUUUGUUCGUCAAGUCUCGUUCAAUCUAAUAGAAUCUAUAAUUUAGUGAUUAACAUUUUGGUGUAAAUGAAGCUUUAGUUUUGACUCGAUCGGCUUUUGUUUGUUUGUUUGUUUGUACCGCAGUUACAGUCGCAGUUAUUGUCCGAUUUGCAUAAAAUUUGGUAUAUAAGUACUUUGAAACAUGGCGCGUCGACAUAAAUAUAAUAUAUAUUUAUAAUAUUUUUUGAAAUUUUGCAUGUUAAGGAUAAUUCAAAAGUCGAACAAAAUUAUUGGAAAAACUAUAGAAUUAUUCAUCAUAAUCAGCUGUCGAGUGGAUUAUCAAUUGCAUGCAAUGACGAAUGCAAUUAAUAUCUCAAUGUAACUUAGUAAAAAAAAUCAGAUGUUGUGUGAACUGUUUGUUGCAUGCAAUGACGCGUGCAAUUAAUAAACUGAAAAACACCGUUUUUUCUCUCGACCUUUCUCUGCUUUCAACUCGGGCUGACCUGUAGCCAAAUUCUAUGUUUGACUAAUAAGUUCUAUUGUUUGUAACUGGUUCAACUCUUUAACCAAUAGUUUUCUCUCUUGAUAUACUCGUAUAUCUUCAAUAAUAUCACGCAGAAUGAAAAUAUCACAUACUCACGGAACCACCCCACUUCAUUCUGUCGCUAAUCCACCCCUAAGCGCAAGCUCAAACUGCCUCCAACUUGUGCUGUCUCCAGCGACAGAGGAAUGCAUCAACCGACGCAACAAAGACGCUCCGACGUCAGUUCGCUUCUAGCCGCGCGACAGAAUCGGUCAAGUGUCGUUGAGCAUCGUUUGCGCUACGAUCGUGUGUCUUUUCAGCCGGUAAGCGACAAAAUGUCGCCGCGCGACAUCGGGCGACUCAAGUCGAGCGACAAGUUACUGUGUGGAUGGUUGGCGAUUCUCGUCAUUUGGAUUUCCCAAGUUACAGGAGACAGCGACCUCCGAGGUCCAGGGUUCCUGAUGGAGCCGCCAUCUCGCGUCGAAUUCAGUAACUCAUCCGGGGCCUGGGUUGACUGCUCGGCCAGUGGCAGUCCCACACCCCACCUGGAGUGGACCACAGGGGAAGGCUCCACACUGGGCGAUGUGCCGGGCGUGAGGCGGGUGAUGCGUAACGGCACUCUGGCUCUGUUGCCGUUCUCUGCCGAUGCAUUCCGACAGGAUAUCCACAGCACUGUGUAUAGAUGCUCAGCCAGUAAUAGUCAUGGCAGGAUUAUCAGCCGCGAUGUCCAAGUUAGAGCAGUGGUGGUGCAAUCAUACAAAGUGCGUGUGGAGGUGGCGGCUGCAGCAAGGGGAUGCACGGCGGUGUUACAGUGUGUCGUCGACCGAGGAGUCAAGGACCUCGUCAGGGUGGUCGCCUGGGUUCAGGACCCCUCCUUCUUCAUCUACCCGUCCCUGCAAGGCGAUGGCAAAUUCCACGUGCUUCCCACUGGCGAACUGCUGGUGCAUAAUCUUGAAUUCAGUGACCAGUUCCCCACCUAUAGAUGUCGCACCCGGCAUAAGCUGACAAGGCAUGUCGAGGUCUCGUCCCCUGCCAAUAUCCGAUUAGCAGAGAACCGUGGCAUAAUUUCGCCGUCCAUCUUGGAUCACACAGGGACAGUGCAAGUCUCGGUUGAUGAAGGGGCCGUCUUAGUCUGUAUAGCUCAGGGGUGUCCCACUCCGGAAUACAGAUGGUACCAGCUAGCAGCCGGCUACGAGCCGUUGGGCCUCGUGGGGGGGCCGCGAACCAGGGUGCUGGGGGCGGUGCUGGCCGUGGAGGCGGUAACCGAGGAGGACGCCGGCCUCUACAGGUGUGCCGCCUCCAAUGCAGGCGGGGAAGCUAGUGCGGAGUUGAGGUUGGCUGUGAGUGAGCCUCUACAUGUGCAGAUCACCCCUUCUGAGGUGAGCGUCCCCCUAGGCGGCUCAGCCGAGCUACGCUGCGUGGUGACCCCAGGUGGCCCUCACCUGCUAACCUGGUACAAGGACGGACGAAUGCUCCCUGGCCGUGGGUCCCCCAACGAUAUCCUCCUGCUAAGCAGCAUCAGUCGCGAGGACCAGGGCAUGUAUCAGUGCCUGGUGCGCCGUGCCGAGGGGGAGACUGCUCAGGCGGCUGCCAGUCUACAGCUGGGAGAUGCUUCACCAGUAUUGUCGUACAGCUUCAUAGAGCAGACAUUGCAACCAGGUCCUGCAGUUUCCCUGAAAUGCAGCGCCAGUGGAAAUCCUACCCCUUCCAUUUCCUGGGCUUUGGAUGGGUUUCCUCUACCCAAAAACAGCCGAUUCGUGAUAGGACAGUACGUGACAAUACACGGUGACGUCAUCAGUCACGUGAAUAUCUCGUCGGUUAGCGUGGAUGAUGGUGGAGAGUAUUCCUGUUCGGCUGAGAACAGAGCUGGGAAGGCUGUACAUUCUGCAAGGCUCAACGUUUAUGGUCUCCCGUACAUCAGAGUGAUUCCAAAAGUGACAGCUGUAGCUGGAGAGGAUUUCGAGCUAAAAUGUCCAGUUGCCGGGUACCCUAUUGAAGAAAUACGCUGGGAGAGAGGUGGAAGAGAGCUACCAGAAGACCUGAGACAAAGGGUGCUUCCCGGGGGAAUUUUGAAAAUUUCGCCCGUUCAAAAAACAUCCGAUGCCGGACUGUACACUUGCUGGGCCAGAAAUAAACAAGGACAGACUGCUAGGAGAACGGGAGAGGUUACUGUCAUUGUUCCCCCGAUAAUAGAGCCAUUUUCGUUUCCGUCGGACGGCCUCACCGAAGCGUCGCGCACACGAGUCGUGUGCGGCGUGAGUCGCGGCGAUCCGCCAUUGGCCAUUCACUGGCUGAAGGACGACGCGCCCCUGGUGGCCGGCGAGGGAGUUAACUUGACGUCACUCGACCAAUAUUCGAGUUUGCUGUCUGUGGCGAGUCUGGGCUCUCAGCAUAGCGGCGUCUACACGUGUGUGGCCACCAAUCCAGCCAAGCAGGCGCGAUACAGCUCUAAACUGCAGGUCAAAGUUCCUCCAAGAUGGUCAAUUGAACCAGUUGACGCGAGUGUAGAGAGAAACCGUCAUGUUGUCAUCAACUGUCAAGCUCAAGGAGUUCCCGAACCAACUAUUACAUGGAAAAAAGCCACUGGUAGUAAAUCAGGUGAAUACCAAGACAUGAGAGAUCGUCAGCAUACUAAACUACUGGGCAAUGGGUCUCUCCUGUUGCAGCAUGUAAAGGAAGACAGGGAAGGAUUCUAUCUCUGUCAGGCCAACAAUGGUAUAGGCAGUGGUAUCGGAAAGGUCAUACAACUCAAGGUCAAAUCGUCUCCAUACUUCUCAGCACCUUCUCGUAUCGUGACAGUGAAGAAGGGAGAUACGGCCACACUGAAUUGCAAGGUGGAGGGGGAUACACCCAUCAACAUUCAUUGGAUGCGAGGUGGCAAGAUUCAGCUUACACCUGCUACUAAUUACAGGGUUUCAGUGAAGCAAGAUGUGACACCUGAAGGAGUGGUGGGAGAACUGGAAAUAGUCAGCGUGGAAUCUGGAGACAGUGGAGCCUACUUCUGCCAGGCCAGCAACUUGUACGGCAGGGACCAGCAAUUAGUGCAGCUGCUUGUCCAAGAGCCUCCAGCCAGCCCGACAGAUUUGAAAGUGGCCAUGGUGAACAGCCAAAGCGUGAAUCUGCAAUGGCAGCACAGCGGAGCUGAAACUGGUGAAGUCAACAAAUACGUUCUGCAGUAUCGUGAGGGCCAGGGUGAAGACGGCGCCUGGCAACAAGUAGAACUGAACGGCCAGAUUAGAGGCACCCUUCUGGAGCACCUGAAACCGGCCACCCAGUACACGCUGCGGGUGUUGGCCGAGGGUCCAGCUGGACGCAGUCAGCCCAGCAGGGAAGUGGCGGUCGAGACCCAGGCCCAGCGCCCCUCUGGCCCCCCUCAGGGCGUCCAGGCGCGCCCCAUCUCCCCCACUCAGGUCCUGGUCACGUGGACUGCCCCUAAGCAAGAGUUGAGACAUGGCCAGAUUAUGGGGUAUUUCGUUGGCCAUAAGGAAAUCAGUGCAAGCAGCGGCUACAACAUGACCAAUGUGAGGGGAGAAAUGGAGACAGAAUUGCUGCUGAGUGGAUUGGCCAAGUAUACUCGUUACUCAAUUGUAGUACAGGCAUACAAUCAAGUUGGCCAGGGUCCCAUGUCUGAGCCUUUACCCACACAGACUUUCGAGGAUGUGCCAAGCAUGCCCCCAGAAGACGUGAGGUGCACAGCUCUUAGUGCACAAUCACUGCAGGUGUCUUGGCAGCCCCCCGCACCUCCUCAUGCCAAUGGCAUCAUACAGGGAUACAAAGUGUUCUAUGACACUCUCGAGAAAGGUUUUGACGGCAGUCACGAUGCUAGGAAAACGACAGCCAUGACGAUUGUGUUGACCGGCCUACACAGGUUUGCCAACUAUAGCAUGUCGGUGCUCGCCUACACCAGGGUGGGGGAUGGGGUACAAUCAUCCCCUAUCUACUGUCAUACUGAGGAGGAUGCUCCAGGAUCGCCAGCUGAUAUCAAAGUGGUAGUGAGCUCUCCCAAUUCUCUCAUGGUGUCAUGGCUGCCUCCCAGUGAACCCAACGGUGUCGUUACAAAGUACACACUCUAUACUAGAGUGGUAAACGGUGAGGAAGAACUAAACCACGGCAAGCGUAACGUGGGCAGUGGUCAGUUGUCUUACGAGGCCAGAAAUCUGCAACAACAUGUCGAGUACCAGUAUUGGGUCACAGCCAGCACUCGAAUUGGAGAAGGACAGAGCAGCAAGGUUGUAGCUCAAGUCCCCACCAAUCGAGUACCAGCCAGAAUCACCUCGUUCGGCACCCCAGUCUGGGUGGCCUGGCGGGGUACCGUGACACUACCCUGUUCAGCAGUGGGGCAACCUGCUCCCCGUCGGGGGUGGCUGAGAGAUGGAACCCCCAUCACGGUGCCCCAGCGGAAUGUACAACUGGCCGACACUACUGGCGAGCUAGUGCUUACUUCCCUGCAGAGGGCCGGCACUGGCAACUAUACUUGCCACGUCGAGAACAACCUGGGGGCUGAUAGUGUGUCUUAUUAUCUGGUUGUGCAAGUGGCGCCUAGCGCACCUACCCUGUUCGUGAGAAGCGCGACAAGCAGCAGUAUCCUGAUUCAGUGGCGCCACGGGGACACGGGUGGCUCUGCCAUCACGCGCUACACACUCAACUACAGGCGUGCUCAUGAAGAUCCGCAAGAUAUCACGCUGUCACGACAUUCUACCACGCAUGAACUCAAGAACCUACUCUGCGGCAGCACCUACCACAUGUUCCUAUUGGCCCACAACAAACUGGGCGUGUCUCCGCCCUCCUCUACCAUCUCAGUCCGCACCCAGGGGCAGGCCCCCGGCAUGCCCCCUGGUUCACAGCUGUUGGCCCCCAACUCCACCCAUCUUCUGCUGAGACUCCACGUGUGGCCUGACAACCAGUGUCCCCUUCUCUACUUCAGCCUCAGAUAUCGCCUUGUCAACAAUGUGGAGUGGGUCUUGGUUUCGAAUUCGCUGAAACCUCAGAGACGGUUCACAAUCACAGGCCUUGAGCCAGCCACCGAGUAUGUUCUCCACAUUGAGGCCUACAACGUAGCAGGGUCUACCAAUGCAGAGUACACUUUCUUUACGCUCACCAAAGAUGGCGAAUUGCCAGGACCUGAGCUAGUGAGAAGGGGUGCAAUGGCUCGAGGUUUCUACUUCGAUAUUCGACUUCUGUUACCUGUUCUGUUGGCAACACUGGCAUUGCUAGCUGCCACAACCACUGUGCUACUUUGCCGAAAAUCCAGACCAGCAGGGCCUCUGAAAGAAUCACUGGACAAUCAGCAAAACGCAGCGGCCCAGAGAGAACGCUACUACGCCACAAUACACAAAAUGCCAUUGCAAGCAACGUCUGACAAAAUACCUGAAACCUCAGAGGACAUCUCACCGUAUGCCACAUUCCAGCUGGCAGAUGCUAACAACACCCUGCUCCACAGCUUCAUGUACCACGAGCAGGCAUUGGCUGAGGGGUGUGCCUCACCCCCACCUCCUGGGCCUACCAGUCAAAAGCUGAGACGUGCCCGCCGCAGAAGUAGCCGUAAAACGGACGCUGAUGAGUCUGACGAGUCGGACUCUGAUCCCGAUCAGCUGACCUCGAGUCGGACCGAGUCCUCCAACCAUCUGGAUGCUGUCAAGGGCAAACAUAGUUAUAUUUAUCACGGAGCUCAAUCUAGCACAUCAUCAGAUAUUUCGCCAAUGUCCGAGCAGAAAUCACUACCAAGGCGGGGAGGUCGAUCAAGAUGGCUUCCGCCCAGCAAGACAACAAUGCGCAACUCUCUCUCGAUCGCUGAGACUUCCUUCAGGACAACCGGAAGUGGCGGGCCGGAACUGAGUGAGGCCGAGUGCGACAUUGACACCCUGAAAAAGCUGAAACUAGGCAUCCGUUCGAGUCUGUGGUCUCGGCCUGGUGGCGGUGGUGGGGGUAGUGGAGGUGGCAGCAGUGCGCAUGCGCAUAACCCCCACCACUCCGACUACUCUAUAGCCGUCUGAGGUACGGCCCAAGACUGGACUAUGGACGUGUAGAGGCUGUAGUUGCGCCUCUCUUAUACUCUGUGGUCCACAGCGAAAAAUACUGAUAUGUUCGAAUUUAUCGUGUGGUAACAAACAUCAUUAAGGUCGUGUAGAGGCUGUGGUUGCGCCUCUGUUAUACUCUGUUGUUCACAGCGAAAAAUACAAGUGUGGUAAAAAACAUCAUUAAAUCAACUUGUGGUUGCACCUCUAUAGAACUCUGUGGGUCUAGAGAAGAGGACAGAUUGUCUUGGGAUGGACGAGUAUAGUGAGGUCCACGUUAUAAUGGCAGUGUUUACUGGUACUGGCUAUAUUACUAGUACUAUGGUUCAAUAGAAUAGAAUCAUAGAAUCUAGAAACUUCACAAAUUAUUAUGCUACCAAUGAUAAUAUUGCGUAAUAAUGAUGGUAUAUUGCUAUCCAUGUCUAUCAUUCAACAAAGCGGAUAGCGCUAUCUCUUUCUCGCUCUGCUCUGUUGCCGGAUCGUCUUUCAACAAUGUGGAAUUUAUAAUUAACUAAGAAAAUAUUGCAUCUUUAUUAUGAAAAUUCAUUAAGAGAUUAUUGGAAAAUAUAAUUUCUUGCUUAAUAAAAUAUAAUUGAUUGUUUUUAACGAGAAUGAACACUACCUUCAUAAAUAAAGCCAUAGUGCAUUAUUGUGACGUCAGCACAGGUAGGUCUCCUAGACCAAUAAAACUGCUAGCUGAUAUAGAUCAGCUGAAAUCAACGAUUGUUUAUUGGUGUAGGAGCCCUACUUGUGCUGACGUCACACGAAUGCACUACGGCUUUGUUUACGGAGGUAGUGGAAUGAACAGUUGAUAUUACAUCAAUAAGCCUGUAUCAGCUACCAUCUAUAGAAGACAGAAGAUCGGCAACGAUGUUCUCCUAUCUUUCUUCACUGCAAUUAUAACGUGGACCUCACUAGACGUAUAUAUAAUGAUUAAAUAAGGUGUAACUAAUAUUAUUAUGAUUACACAGUUUACAAACUACAAUUAUUAUUUCUUUGAAAGCUCAUAUUCACUGUUUGACACUACAUUGUUUUGGAAAUAUCAUGUGACCUGUAUAAGAAAGGAUAACAAAAUUAUCCCAAACCAAAACAAAGCUUGUCAACAAUAAUGGUUUAACAACAGGAAAUCUAGAAUAAUCAUCAAUGAGGCCCUGGAUAAUUUCAAUAAAAUUGGAAGUUGUUAAUACUUAUUACAGUUUCAAUGAACUAACUGUGUGUUAUCUCGACUAUGUGCAAUCUUAUCUAAAUUUGGGAAAGGAAUAAUAGCACAAGGUUACCUUAUUUUUUUCUCUCCCCAUCAUUUGAUUAUGUACUUUUUGUAUGAAUCAAUGAAGAAUCAAUCUGUUGUAUUCAAGGUCAUGCGAAAAUGUAUAUAAUCAAGAUAAUAUUGUAGAAUAUUGUGGAAAGAAUAUCCUGGAUGAAUAAUGAAGUCAAUAUAGAAUGAAAAUGAUUAAUGAUAGAAUGGAUGACUUGAAUAACAAUAUAUAGUCAAUCUAGUCAAAGGUGAUAGUCAACUCUUUCUGUGCCAAAAAUAUGUUAAUCUAGUCGAGUUAUGAGCUUGGUUGAUUCAUCUCAUCAACCUAUAAGUUUUAUCAAGAUUAAAUCUCAAAUUUAGAGUUUCAGAUUAAGUCUGAAGAAUGAAAUCUCAAAUAUAGAGUUUCAGAUUAAGUUUGAAGCUUCGAUACUAGAUUUGAAGUCAAAUUACUUUUGUUAUCUUUAAUUUCUCUGGUGAACUAAAUGUUUAAUAACAACAAAAAAUACCAGAGCGUUAUCUUAAUCACCUGAAGGGUAUGCAUAAUUGUGAUAUAUAAAGGCAUUGUUAAUGAUAAAAUAGCUCUUUAUUGUAAUAUUACAGAAUAAUUGAAUUAUCUAAAGAUAAUGAUUAUAUUUUAUUGGUAAUCAUUGCUUUUUAUAUAUUGUAUAUUGUUCUAUUAUAGGAUAUAUAUUAAUGUUAUAGUGGAAUUAAUAUAAUCGUUACUCUGUAAAUACAUUUUCUAUGGAAUCAUGAAUUUCUGAAGAUUAGUAUUAAGCCGUCAUUUAGCAUGCUGGGAUCAUUUUCAUCAAUUUAUAUACCAUACACAAAAUUCAUUUUUUCAUCAAAUAAAUUUUCAAUCUAUAGAGUUACUAACAAAAUACAUUAGAAUAAAACAUGGUGGUUAUACUAUAAUAGAAUACAAUACUGCCAUAUUCUUUUAUAAAUUGUAAAUAGUUCUGAUAAGAAUAUUGAUCGUCAUUACUUGGUGCCGGUCGCACAAAAGCCGAUUAAAUUUUAAUCGUGAUUAAUCCCACGAGAACCAAUCAGAGUAUUAUCAAAAAGACCUUCUCUGAUUGGUUCUUGUGAAAUUAACUUAAUCACGGUUAAACUUUAACCAGAUUUUGUGCAACCGGGCACAAAUCGUGAUCAUCACGGCUCUUUAUGUGAGAAAAUGGAAGGAUAAUGAGGGUUUUGUUAUUUAUUUUAGGAUAUUAAUUAUCAAUAUAAUAUGAUUUAUAUUAUAAUUAUUCAAAGAAAACAAGUGUCAAAAUGAUCUAUGAGAAUUGGAGAUUAUGCUCAAAGCUGUCUUCCACUAUAAGACGUGAAGGCGAAAAUGUUAUGUAUUCAUUACAUAAAUAUGUAUUGUAAUGAUUACAUUGAAUAGCAUAAAAUUGAUUUAUGCUAUAAACUGACUUUCAAGUAUUAUUGCAAAGGUGUCUUGGAUACCAGACUUCCAAGAACAUUCCUCUGAGUUAUUUUCAUAUGAGAUCGUUUCAUGUUGUUGAUUUUUUGUCUUUUUUAUCCUCCAUCAUCCAAAAUAAUGGAGCAUAAUUCACACAUUCAGUGAAAAAAACACUGAAAGUAUAUUUUUAAAAUAUGAACAGUGUACUAUGUAGAUGAAUGAUAAUCGUUCAAUCCAUGCAACUAUUACAUUUAAUUGAAGCAAUUUAAACACACCAAACUAAAAAAUUGAAAACAAAUUUAACAACAUGAAUUCAAUAGUGAUUUCACACUGUACAGAAGGUUGGUAUUAAGUAGAAAAAUCUAGUUUGUUUUGAGUCACAAAUUGUGAUUAAUAAUUAGUUAUUAUUCAAUGCCCUUAUUGAGCACUGUAUCAAAAACAUAAAUCACCUUAUCAUUGAUGUUGAGAAAGAUAUUAUAAAUGUAGUUUGAAAGUUGAAGAGUUAUUCCAUUUUUUGAAUAUAGAAAAAAGAUUGUUCUUAUCAUUGCCAAAGCAUUUAUUUUAGCAUCAUGUCUUGUUGAAUAUUGGAAAUAUUAUGAUAACAGUAUUAUAUAUUUGAAUGAAAUUGGACUGUAUUUGUAUAUUCUAAGUGUGAGGUUUUAUUAAUAAAGCGCAUUUUCAUUAAA